AUGGCCCAGAGGACAGUGAUCCGUGUGGGCCCAGAGCAGACCACCCAUGCCGUGUGUGUGCUGGGCACCUUGACUCAGCUCGAUGUCUGCAGCUCUGCCCCCAAAGACUACACAUCCUUCAGCAUCAAUGCCCCCCCUGGAGUGGUUGUGGAUGUUACCCACAGCCCUCCAGCCAAGAAGAAGCCCACAGGUUCCUACAAAUGGCCCCUGGACCGUGAGCUGGAGGUGACUCUGCGGAUGAAAGCUCCCAGCAGUAGCACAGAUGACCAGAAGGUUCAGAUUUCAUACUACGGACCCAAAAUCCCACCGGUGCAAGCCCUGCUCUACCUCACCGGGGUCGAAAUCGCCCUGCAUGCAGACAUCACCCGUACUGGCAAAGUGACGCCGGGCAAAGUGAAGCCGACCAGAGCCCUGAAAGACCAGAAGACCUGGACCUGGGGCCCUCAUGGACAAGGUGCCAUCCUGCUGGUGAACUGUGACAAAGACAAUCCCAAGUCUUUCACCAUAGACUGCAAGGAUAAUAAAGUGCUUGACAGCAAAGACCUGCAAGACAUGUCCCUGCUGACCCUGAGCACGAAGACCCCCAGGGACUUCUUCACCAAACAUCGACUGGUGCUUCAUAUGGCCAAAUCUGAGAUGCACAAAGUGAGAGUGUUUCAUGCCACACGGGGCAAACUGCCCUCCAGGUACAGGAUGGUCCUGGGGCCCCAGCAGCCCUCUCACCCCCUGGAGGUCCCAGCCGGCGAGCACAACACGGACUUCUAUGUGGAGGGCCUCGCUUUCCCAGAUGCCGACUUCUCAGGGCUCAUUUCCUUCACUGUCUCCCUGCUGGACAUGUCCAACCUGGAGCUCCCAGAGACCCUAAUUUUCCAAGACAGUGUGGCCUUCCGCGUGGCCCCCUGGAUCAUGACCCCCAACACCCAGCCCCCACAGGAGGUGUACGUGUGCAGGAUUUCUGGAAAUGAAGACUUCCUGAAGUCAGUGACUGCUCUGGUCAAGAAAGCCAAGUGCAAGCUGACUGUGUGCUCCGAAGAGGAGAACAUGGACGACCAGUGGAUGCAGGAUGAAAUGGAGGUCGGCUACAUCCAAGCUCCACACAAGACACUGCCCGUGGUCUUUGACUCCCCGAGGGACAGAGGACUGAAGGAGUUCCCCAUCAAACGCGUGCUGGGUCCGGAUUUUGGCUAUGUGACUCGAAGACCCCAAACAGGGGAGAUCACAGGGCUCGACUCCUUUGGGAACAUGGAAGUGAGCCCCCCAGUCACAGUGGGGAAGAAGGAAUACCCUCUGGGCAGGAUUCUCAUCGGGAACAGCAGUUACCCCAGCAAUCAGAGCCGGGAGAUGCACCAGGCCCUGCAGGACUUCCUUGGUGCCCAGCGGGUACAGGCCCCCGUGAAACUCUAUUCCGACUGGCUGUAUGUGGGCCACGUGGACGAGUUCCUGAGCUUCGUUCCGGCGCCUGACAGGAAGGGCUUCCGGCUGCUCCUGGCCAGCCCCAGAUCCUGCUAUAAGCUGUUCCAGGAGCAGCAGAAGGAGGGUCACGGGGAGGCUCUGCUGUUCAAAGGGGUCAGGGAAAUAAAACAGCAGAAAAUAAAGGACAUUCUGUCAAACAAGAUAUUGAGAAAACACAAUUCAUAUGUGGAGAACUGCAUCGACUGGAACCGAGAGGUGCUGAAGCAGGAGCUGGGCCUGGCCGACGGUGACAUCGUUGACAUCCCGCAGCUCUUUAAGCUCAAGAAGAAUGAAGAAGGGAUUCUCAAGGCCAAUGCCUUUUUCCCAAACAUGGUGAACAUGCUGGUGCUGGGGAAGUACCUGGGCAUCCCCAAGCCCUUCGGGCCCAUCAUCAAGGGCCGCUGCUGCCUGGAGGAGAAGGUGCGGUCCCUGCUGGAGCCGCUGGGCCUCCACUGCAGCUUCAUCGACGACUUCACCCCCUACCACAUGCUGCACGGGGAGGUGCACUGCGGCACCAAUGUGCGCCGGCAGCCCUUCCCCUUCAAGUGGUGGAACAUGGUGCCCUGA